AUGGAUAGUCAAAAUUUAUUGGCAUUUAUAAUUCUCGCAAUCGUUAUAACUGGAAUUUUUGGAAAUUUUAUAUCAAUUAUUAUAUUUUCAAGAGCCCAUAUGCGUGCCUUGCCUGUAAAUAUUUUACUCUGCGCUCUUUCAACUGUUGAUCUCGCUCUUUUAUUAUUAUCUAUUCCAGUUUUUGUUAUUCCUGGUCUGGAACCAUGGUUAAAUGUGUCUGUACUUUAUGAGUAUUAUGCAUAUAUGCUUAAAUUUGUCUAUCCAAUCAAUCUUAUCAUGCAGACUUGUAGUAUUUAUAUAAUGGUUCUAAUAACUAUGGAAAGGUGGUCAGCUGUUUGCAAACCUCUUCAGGUUAGAAUAUGGUGCACAGCUAAGAAGUCACGAAACGCUGUUUUUAUCAUAUUUUUAUGCGCUAUUUUAUAUAACAUUCCAAGAUUUUUCGAAUAUACAAUUGAAACAGCAGAUAAUGGAAACGUAAUAUAUGCUCGAAAUCUAAGAGAUCCUCAUCUUUAUCCAUAUUAUAUGAUAGGAUACUUCACUACAUGCUAUUUAAUAACACAUUUCAUAGUACCAUUCGGUAUUAUUAUCGUUAUGAAUCUUAAUGUUUGCUGGACAAUGUUUGCGAUGAGUCGAAUUCGCUCAGAUCUAACUCAUCAGCAACAGCGCGAGAAUAGUACAACAAUUAUGCUUCUUGUAGUAACGAUAUUAUUUGCUAGUUGCAAUUUAUUGCCAUUUGUUCUCAAUCUUAUUGAGUGUAUUAUACCUGAUUUUUUCACCAAUUCUAAUACAACGAAGUUAGCUUAUCAGCUAAAUGAUAUAUCAAAUUUACUGGUUAUUCUUAAUUCGGCUAUAACUUUUAUCAUUUAUUUUAUAUUUAGUGAAAAAUAUCGCAAAACACUCCAAAUGCUGAGGUAA